AUGACGACGGACGAUAGUAGACUAUGUUACAGUGUAUAUUCCUUAACCCUGGUCUCUACGUGGUUUGAACACGUCUCCAUGAUAGUGAUUCUCCUGAACUGCGUGACUCUGGGGAUGUUCCAGCCCUGUGAAGACGUCACCUGUCAGGCAGAGUGGUGCCUCAUACUACAAGUGUUUGAUGACUGUAUCUUUGCAUUUUUCGCGGUGGAGAUGGUCAUUAAGAUGGUGGCUCUGGGGAUCUUCGGUUCUAAGUGUUACCUUGGCGACACCUGGAACCGACUGGACUUCUUCAUCGUCAUGGCAGGGAUGAUGGAGUAUUCUCUAGAAGGACACAACGCCAGCCUGUCAGCUAUCAGGACCGUGCGUGUUCUGCGACCGCUCCGGGCGAUCAACAGAGUCCCUAGUAUGCGUAUCCUGGUGACUCUGCUCCUAGACACUCUCCCCAUGCUGGGGAACGUCCUGGCGCUCUGUUUCUUCGUCUUCUUCAUCUUCGGCAUCGUCGGCGUGCAGCUGUGGGCGGGGCUACUGAGAAACAGGUGCUUCAUGGGAGAAGACUUUAGAACGCUCUAUAACCUGUCGUUAAGUGUGUACUACCAGCAAGAGGAGACAGAGGAGGACCCCUUCAUCUGCUCAGCAAUUCGAGAGAACGGAAUGUUGCGUUGCCAUGACGUCCCGCCCUACAGCGAGGGAGGGGCUGAAUGCUCGCUGGCCGCGCCCCCUCCGGGUCACUUCCUGUUUGGAGGUGAGGGCGGGGCCAGAGACGGCUGUGUGAACUGGAACCAGUACUAUAAUGUCUGUCGGCCCGGCAACGCCAACCCUCACAAAGGAGCAGUGAACUUUGACAACAUCGCCUACGCAUGGAUAGCCAUCUUCCAGGUGAUAACUCUGGAAGGAUGGGUGGACAUCAUGUACUACGUUAUGGAUGCUCACUCCUUCUACAAUUUUAUAUAUUUUAUACUGCUCAUCAUAGUGGGCUCUUUCUUCAUGAUCAACCUAUGCCUGGUGGUCAUAGCCACCCAGUUCGCUGAGACGAAGCAGCGUGAGAACGCGUUGAUGCGUGAACAGCGAUCGCGCUACAUGUCCAACGACAGUACUCUGGCCAGCUACAGCGAACCAGGAUCCUGCUAUGAAGAGAUGCUGAGAUACAUCUCACACCUCUACCGCAAACUGACCCGACGAUUACAACGCAUUUACACUACCUGGCACAGUAGGCGUCGCAAGAAGGUGAACCCUAACGGAGGAGGAGGAGGAGGAGGGGGUCUGGGAGGCAGCCGCAGCACGUCCGGGAACGCCCCCUGGCUCCGCCCCAUACACACCCUGCUGCAACGUCACCAGCACCACCACUGUCGGCUUAGCAACGGAGGACACGCCCCCAUAGCAACAGGAGGGGAGGAGCUGGAGAUGAGGUCACUUCCGGUCCCGGGUCGUGACCCCUCUGUGACCCCUGGGCUGGGGUCAUCUCUCCUGGGUCGUCUGAACGGAGGAACGAACUACCCCACCAUCCUGCCCUCCUUCAUCUGCAGCUUCACCCCGACACACCCCCACAGCCCCCUCCCCACACACCCCCACAGCCCCCUCCCGACACACCGUCACAGCCCCCUCCCGACACACCGUCACAGCCCCCUCCCCACACACCCCCACAGCCCCCUCCCCACACCCCCCCCGCCCAUCUCAGAAAACAGCUUGGACCCCCUCAGCAAGCUGCACCGACUCAUGGGACAGCACAGUCGUCCUCGGUUGCUGUACCAGCUGGCUGGCGUGGUACCCUCCCCCCUCCUCCUGGAGCUGUUGGGCUGCCCGCUGUGUGCCCGCGCCCUAGAGGGCAUGGAGCUGGACCUGGGGUACCUGGAGGGCUCUGGAGGGGAGGCCCACGCCCUGCACGACCUACCCCAGGGAGGAGAGGGGCGCGUCGGCCGCGGGAGGCGCCGGUGCAGGGCGGGGCUGGGGGCGAAGAGGGGCUGUAACAGGCUGGUGGAUCUGUGGACAGGGUUCAGAGACAGGCUGAAACGCAUCGUAGACAGCAAGUACUUCAACAGAGGGAUCAUGACAUCUAUCCUCAUCAACACUCUCAGUAUGGGGAUAGAAUACCAUCAACAGCCGGUGGAGUUGACUGACAUCCUGGAGAUCAGUAACAUCGUGUUCACCUGCAUGUUUCUUCUGGAGAUGAUGUUCAAGCUGCUGGCCUUCGGCCUGUUCGGCUACAUCAAGAACCCCUACAACAUCUUCGACAGUGUCAUCGUCAUCAUCAGUGUUUGGGAGAUCGUUGGGCAGGCGGACGGCGGUCUGUCGGUCCUGCGUACCUUCCGUCUGCUGCGGGUCCUAAAGCUGGUCAGGUUCCUGCCCGCCCUGCGCAGACAGCUGGUGGUUCUGAUGAAGACCAUGGACAACGUAGCCACCUUCUGUACGCUACUGAUGCUGUUCAUAUUCACCUUCAGUAUCCUUGGUAUGCACCUGUUUGGCUGUAAAUUCAAUCUGCAGAUGGAGAAUGGAGACACCAUCCCAGACCGCAAGAACUUCGACUCUCUGCUCUGGGCCAUCGUUACUGUGUUUCAGAUCCUGACUCAGGAGGACUGGAAUGUGGUCCUGUAUAACGGCAUGGCCUCCACCUCUCCUCUCGCUGCUCUCUACUUUGUAGCUCUGAUGACGUUUGGGAACUACGUCCUCUUCAACCUGCUGGUGGCCAUCUUGGUGGAGGGCUUCCAGGCUGAGGGAGAUGCCAACCGGUCGGACUCCGACGAUGAGAAGAGGUCUGAUAACGACAGGGAGGAGGAGAAGGCUGGAGAGCUGAAAGAUACAGAGCUGAAGACGUAUUCUCUGAUGAUGACGGCCAACGGUCACGUUGCGAACCGCGACGUUCUGGCCCCUCCCAUAAUCAUGCGCACGGCGGCCACACCCAUGCCGACGCCCAAGAGCUCAUUGGGCCCUGAGUCCAUUCUGGGGGAGGGGCUUAUGUAUGGAGGGGUGGGUUUAGGGUAUUCAGAGGCAGGGAUUGACUGUGUGGAUUCUCGUCGCGGCAGUGCUGCUUCCAUGGACCCAUCAGCCUACGACCAGCGCUCUCUGUCCAGCCCCGGCCAGCGCUCGCCCCUCCCUCCCAGAGGUCAGUGUUCAGUCAGUGGGUGGGGCAGCAGGAGGUCAAGUUGGAAUAGCCUCAACCGCAGCGACACCAGCGGAGAGAGGAAGAGUCUGCUGUCAGGAGAGGGAGGAGGGGAGGAGGAGGAGGAGGAAGAGGAAGAGGAAGAGGGGUCCUUAGAGCUGUUACAGGUGUCCUCUCUGGGCCCGUCGGUAACAGGGGAGUACGGGGACUGUAACGGGAGGAGUCUUCAUCCCGUGACCUAUGACCCCAACAAGGACAACCUUUCACCUGACGAUGACAUGGAGGAGGACAACCUGUGGUUCCGGGUCAGGAGAACGCUGCAGAGCCACAAGCCACGCUGGUGCAGAGAACACAAAGACUGGAACCUCUACCUGUUCUCCCCUCAGAACUCGUUCCGUGUCUGGGGUAAAGGUCUGAUCUCUCAUAAGAUGUUUGAUCACGUGGUCCUGGUCUUCAUCUUCCUCAACUGCAUCACCAUCGCUCUGGAGAGACCCGGCAUCCAGCCUCACAGCACCGAGCGAGUGUUUCUGAGUGUCUCCAACUACGUGUUCACUCUAAUCUUCCUGGCUGAGAUGACUGUCAAGAUUGUAGCGUUGGGGUUUUGCUGGGGUAAACAGAGCUACUUGAAGAGCAGUUGGAAUGUGCUGGAUGGGAUCCUGGUGUUUGUCUCUCUGGUGGACAUCCUGGUUUCUCUGGCCUUGACCGGAGGGAACCGCAUCCUGGGAAUCCUCAGAGUAUUACGGCUGCUACGCACACUACGACCUCUCAGGGUGAUCAGUCGAGCCCCAGGGCUGAAGCUUGUAGUAGAGACUCUGAUCACGUCUCUGAGACCCAUCGGAAACAUCGUCCUCAUCUGCUGUGCCUUCUUCAUCGUGUUUGGAAUACUGGGAGUACAGCUGUUCAAGGGGAAGUUCUACCACUGUGAAGGCCUGGACACCAGAAACAUCACCACCAAGUCAGACUGUCUGCUGGCAAACUACCGUUGGAUACGGAGAAAAUAUAACUUCGACAACCUGGGACAGGCACUGAUGUCUCUGUUCGUGCUGUCCUGUAAGGAUGGAUGGGUCAACAUCAUGUAUGACGGCCUGGACGCAGUGGGAGUAGACCAGCAGCCCGUCAGGAACCACAACCCCUGGAUGCUCCUCUACUUCAUCUCCUUCCUCCUCAUCGUCAGUUUCUUCGUCCUCAACAUGUUCGUGGGCGUGGUCGUGGAGAACUUCCACAAGUGUCGACAGGACCAGGAAGAGGAGGAGCAGCGGCUACGGGAAGAGAAGAGGCUCAAAAUCCUGGAGAAAAAGCGCAGGAGUAAGGAGAAGGAUGGGGCCGAAGCCCAACAGAGGCCCUACUAUUCAGACUACUCCCCGGUGCGUCUCGCCGUCCACACGUUGUGCACCAGCCACUACCUAGACCUCUUCAUCACCGUCAUCAUCGCCAUCAACGUCCUCACCAUGAGCAUGGAGCACUACAACCAGCCGCAGUAUCUGGAGGAGGCUCUGAAGUACUGUAACUACGUGUUUACCUGUGUCUUCAUCAUCGAGACCCUGCUGAAACUAGUGGCCUUCGGACUGAACAGGUUCUUUAAGGACAGGUGGAACCAGUUGGACCUGGCCAUAGUGUUGUUGUCCAUCAUGGGGAUCACUCUGGAGGAGCUGAAGAUGAACGCAUCGCUGCCCAUCAACCCCACCAUCAUCAGGAUCAUGAGAGUACUGAGGAUCGCUAGAGUGUUGAAGCUGUUGAAGAUGGCUACAGGGAUGAGAGCUCUGCUGGACACUGUCAUGCAGGCCCUGCCCCAGGUGGGGAAUCUGGGUCUCCUCUUCAUGUUGCUGUUCUUCAUCUACGCAGCCCUGGGAGUGGAGCUGUUUGGGAAACUGGAGUGUAACGACAGUAAUCCGUGUGAGGGUCUGAGUCGCCACGCAACGUUUGAGAACUUUGGGAUGGCUUUCCUCACGUUGUUCAGAGUCUCUACUGGAGACAACUGGAACGGAAUCAUGAAGGACACGUUGCGCGAGUGUCUUCCAGAGGAGCGCUCCUGUCUGACCUACCUUCCCCUGGUGUCCCCUGUCUACUUCGUGACCUUCGUCCUCAUGGCCCAGUUCGUGCUGGUCAACGUGGUGGUGGCGGUGUUGAUGAAACAUCUGGAGGAGAGCAACAAGGAGGCCAAGGAGGACGCCGAGAUGGACGCCGAGAUAGCCCUGGAGAUGGAGAGAGCUAGACGUCUUAGCUCCGCCUCUAACGCGUCAUCGCUGGGCGGGGCCUAUGUGGGGACACGCCUACACUCACCUGGUCAGGAGGAGAAACGUCAGUGCAGCCAGGAGGAGGAGCUUCUGUCACCAAGGAAGAUGUCCGUAUCCAGGAUGCAUUCUCUCCCUAACGACAGCUACAUGUUUCCUCCUGUACGACCUGCUAGCGCCACCUACCCUCUACAGGAGGAUCACACCAGCCUCCUGCACCAAGCCUCAGGCUCUGUGACGUCUGUUUACUCCCAGCCGUGGGAAGAACAGGCUCUGCUGUCCAGCCUCUCUCCCCCUCCUCCCCCUGCUCCACUUGUCCUCACCCCCCCUCACAUCGCCCCGCCAAGGCCCUCGCCCAGGGGGCUGCGCAGACAGGUAGCUGUGAAGGUGGACUCAGUGGAGGUUCAUAGUGUUGACUCAGUAGAGAGACAGGACCCCCUCUCAACCCUCCCCCCUCUCCCCCUGUCUCUCCACCCGCCUCCCCCCCGGCCCCCCUCCCUGCUCUCCCCCUGCCCCCCCUCUCCCUCCUCCCUCUCGGACCCCGCCGACGAGGAGGUGUGUCACAUCACCAGCUCUGCACGCCAUUGGUGGGACAGACAUGGAAGUGGGCGGUGUCACUCCCUCUCCCCCUACGCCUCCCCCGUCUCCCCCGCCUCCCUGAGGAGCCGAGGGAGUGCGCUCAGUCUGCUGGGGGCGGGCCUAAAAGGUCAUGACCCGAGGAAGGGCUUCAGCGUAGACACCCAGGGCUUCCUGGAUAAACCCCGUCGUCCUGACGACCAGCGACGACACUCCACGGAGAUCUGCCCGUCCCCUCCGGAGGACCCGCCGCUAGGGGAGGGGGCAGAGGUCAGAAGUCACGGGAAGAAGCGGAUGAGCCCACCCUGCAUCUCCAUCCACCCCCCACGUGGCUCACCAGGCCGUGCGCCCUCGGAGGAGCCGCCGGCAGACUGCAACACGCUGCUGAGACGCAGGACGCCCUCCUACGACCUCGCCGACACACACACGCCGACGCCUUUCACCUUCGACCAACCAGAGCACAUAUACGUGAGUGGCAUGUCCGCUGGCCUAUCGAGCAAUGACCCAGCCACAAGUCCCUCGCACUUUAACAGAGGGGCAGGGUUUAGCUUCGAUGAACAGGAGAACUGCCCAAUGAGAGCAGAGCCUGGUACUGGUACGAGGAAGGGGAUUCGUCAGAAAGCCUAA